AUGCCGCUACCUCUUGCUCGCCCUGAUCCGUCUUCUGAUACCCCUGCAACCGCUGCUCCGAUACCUGAACCGGCCAAUGAAGGCUUGAUUGCCGGCAUUACCUCGAAUCCUUACUUUUCGGCAGGUUUUGGUUUGAUCGGUGUCGGCGCCGGGUUGACGUUGUUGCGCAAAGGCACCAAUCUCUUGGCCUCUUACACUCGUCGACGAUUAUUAGUGACGCUUGAAAUUCCUUCCAAAGACAAGUCUUAUCUGUGGUUCCUUCAAUGGAUGUCGCAGCAGGCUCCAAAACGCAAGGUCCAGCACUUGGCCGUCGAGACAUCGUACCGACAACACGAUAACGGCAGUAUAUCCACCACCUUUGGACUGGUGCCUGGUCCCGGUACUCAUUUCUUCAAAUGGCGUGGCAUUUGGAUGCAGGUGCAAAGACAGCGCGAUGGUAAAAUGAUGGAUCUGACCACGGGUAGUCCUUGGGAAACAAUCACCAUUACAACAUUAUCGCGAGAUCGGCACAUCUUUACCGAUCUUCUUUCUGAAGCACAAGAAAUGGCUUUAAAGAAGCAAGAAGGCAAAACAGUUAUUUAUACAUCGUACGGUCCGGAGUGGCGGCCUUUUGGCAUGCCUCGUCGUCGUCGUUUACUUGAUUCGGUCAUUCUGGAUUCCGGCGUCAAGGAACGUAUCGUCAAGGAUGUAAGGUCAUUUAUUGGCAACGGAAAAUGGUACAACGAACGAGGUAUUCCAUACCGAAGAGGUUACCUUUUAUAUGGUCCACCUGGAUCCGGCAAGAGUAGCUUCAUUCAAGCUCUAGCUGGCGAACUUGAGUAUAAUAUCUGUAUUUUGAAUUUGUCUGAACGUGGAUUGACCGACGAUCGCUUAAACCACCUACUGAGCAACGUACCUGAAAGAAGCAUCAUGUUGCUGGAAGACAUUGAUGCUGCUUUCACCAAGCGAGCACAAUCAGACAAUCAAGGAUAUCAGUCAAUGAUCACAUUCAGUGGCCUUCUGAACGCACUCGACGGUGUUGCUUCUGCAGAAGAACGCAUCAUUUUUCUAACCACGAAUCACAUUGAAAAUCUGGAUCCUGCAUUGAUUCGCCCCGGUCGUGUGGAUAUGAAGGAGUUGCUGGGUAACGCGACAGAAUACCAAAUUCGUGGCAUGUUCGAACGGUUCUAUGAGGGUCAAGGCAAACUAGCCGACGAAUUUAUCAAACGAUUAGAAGGACGACCCAUCAGCACAGCCAGUCUACAGGGCCAUUUUGUAUAUUUCAAGGAUAGACCGCACGAAGCUGUGGAGCGAGUGGACAUGUUGUGGAACCAACUUUAA